UUCACUACAGGCGCGGGUGAGCGCCGACGGCAGCGGGCGCAACUCAACGCGGCGCGCUCGUGCGCGCGUCAUAGACGCCCGAGACGUCGGCGACGUCGACGCGCCAGCGCGCUGCUAGCGUUUCGCGAGGGUUUCGUCCGCGUGGUUUACGGCGCACUUCUCCUCUCCGGGGCCUGGCCCCGCUCCGGCGCCGGCCGGCGCUUCUCGUGUUUCGGAUACACUUGCCGCCGCCUGUGGAUAUCUUAACAGAGGGGAGGCUCCUUUCGACACGCAAGCAGCCCCUGGACCAGGAGGCGCCAGAUGAAGACGUCGUGGUGUUUGCGCCGGUGUCAGUGUGGCGUCUUCGGCGUGGCGUAGAAGAAAGAAAGGAAAAAGACAGUGAUGGAGAUUGGUUUUGAAAAUUUUCUGCCUCGGCAAGGGUGGUCUUUUGCCCGUUCCCGGUGCAGUUGCGUUGGCAGGAGGAGGCCGUGACAAUUUGAUUGUCGCCUUUCCCGUGCGAGCCCCGGGGCUGGAGCGACUGCGGCUGCAGUUUUAGCGGUUGGGGUUCCGACGAGCGCUGUCGUCAUCGUCGUCGUUGCGAACUGCGUCCUUCCCUCCGUCUCCGUUCCACAUGGCUUCCGCGCGGUCAAGAGCUCGGACCAGCGCGGCGCUGAAAGACGGCAUGUCCGGCUGCGGGCGCCGGACAGCGCACUUCGAGAGCGCCGGCUGAACUGCUCCAAAGCAUUGCCGACGGUCACGCCUUGAGGAUGGUGAAAUACCGCAAGAUGGUCAACACGGUUGCCUUGAAACGUUUCCGCCGAAAUUGCUUCGGAUCGAAAUGACCAUGGGUUCUGCACCGUUCCAAAAGACGGCCCGAUCUACAACGGUGCCUACGAAGACCGUGCGCAAGAAGAACACGGUACUGGUGAUCGUCGGGACCGUCGGCCUGGCGUCGCUUUUCUUCUUCUACUCGCGCCAGGACGAAUCCUUCUGGCUGAAGCCUGUCGUCGUCGCCAAAGAACUCGUGCGAAUAGGACAGCCCGGGUACUCAAUUUACACGAGCGGCUGCAAGAUACCCACCUUCGAUCCGUUCCACUGGACAGUGGCCGGCUUGUACCGCAAGCAGACCUUGUACACGUGUCCCGGAAAGCCCAGCUUCAUACGCCUCGCGGCUAACGUGCCUUCUAUUGACGCCAGGGUUCUCUGGGAGCACUACAAGUACAAGCCUCGCGAUGUAUUAUGCACGUAUCAGAAAAUAACUCGCGACGAGAACCGGACAGAACCGGAUUCGGCAGUAGUUUACCACCCCAGUGCCAGGCUCGUCUUCGGAACUCCACUGUCCAGUGAUUUCGUGUUCGUGACGUGUUCCGGAAACCGUAUGAAGUUUCACGAGGAAUUCCUAAUGGUGCCUGUUCUGAAGGAACAAGUGGAACAGCGCUGCAAGCUCGCCGAGGAAGCAGUGAGCCCGCAGUUGAACCGCACGAAAGAACGCUUAAACGUUGUGAUCGUCGGCCUGGACUCCGUCUCUCGGCUCAACUCACUUCGUCAUCUGAAAAGGACUCGAGCUUUCCUGCUGGAACAAAUGGACGCCGUCGAAUUAUACGGGUACAACAAGGUGGGCGACAAUUCGUUUCCUAAUCAAGUCCCUUUGUUGACCGGGAAGUCGGGCGAAGAAGCCAUGGCGCUGUGUCCCGAGAAGUUUUUCGACAAUCUUGAGUUCAUCUGGGAUAAGUACGCCGCCCUCGGCUACCGAACACUCUUUCUUGAGGAAAGUCCGAAAUACGGUCUUUUUAAUUACCUACUCAAAGGGUUCAAAGACAUUCCCACCGACUACUACUGCCGCCCCAUGAUUUUUGCGAUCGACAACUCCAAGUUCAAGAAGUUUAUCGGUGGAGGCAAAGGCUGUGUAGGCUCGACCAUCCAGACGGAAAAGUACCUUGACUACACCACGUCUCUCGUCGCCUUUCUCGGAAACCGCAGCUACUUCACUUACACGUGGAUAUCCGAUGUGACGCACGACAACUUCAAUUCCGCUGGAUUCGCGGACGAGCCUUUUCUUCGAGCCUUACAGAGGCUCAACGCCAGCGGUGUGAUGGACAAGUCUGUGGUGGUGUUCCUCAGCGACCACGGCAUGCGCUACGGGCCCAUUCGGCAGACACUCAUAGGCAAGUACGAAGACCGAAUGCCUUUCGUGUUCCUGAUGCUGCCACGAGAGUUCCGCCGCAAGUAUCCCGAGGCCGUCAAAAACCUCAAGAUAAACCAGCGACGUCUCACCACUCAUUACGACCUGCACGCUACCCUUCUGGAACUCGCCGACUUUCCCAACGAUCUCCCGUCCUUCAAGACCAAACACGGCAUAAGUUUGUUCAGAGAAGUGCCCGAGAACCGGACUUGCAGGGAUGCCUUCAUCGCUCCUCACUGGUGCUGCUGCCACGACAGUGGACAGUUUCCCGUGACCGACCCACUGUCCAGGAAAAUGGCCAACUUUGUCCUGCAGACCGUCAAUGGCUGGCUUGAGGACGGUGCGCCGGGAAAGUGCGUGCGCCUCCAGCUCCGCAGCGUCGUGGACGUGUACGAGGUUACGGUUGACGCUAGCAGUGACACGCGUUACUUCUGGGUAACGCUGAAGUGUUUCCCGGGCGAGGGUCUCCUCGAAGCUACCGUGGCCGUGAAUGGCACGGGAGCCCUCGCUGCGGAACGUGUGAGUCGUCUAAACUGGCACGGCGGCCAGUCGUCGUGCGUCAAGAACCACCAACUCGAACUUUACUGCUUUUGCAAGCACCAAUAG